UAGAAUUUUGUUGUAAUUGUUUUUGUACUGGGUUUUUUUCGUAUUUUUCUCUAUUUUCUCUCCGCAUUAUGGAUAUAAUCGCACUGAUAGUGAAGUACAAUUCCCAAACCAUAGGUCGGGAUAAGUUAUGCAGGACUGUCCAAUACACCACCAAACUGCUCGGUUAUCUCCUUCAAAAACAUGGUGCAACAACUGAAACAGUGAAGUUGAUCAGAACUCUGGAAGUUCACAUUAGCACUUCAAGAAAAUUGUUUCGUAUUGGAAAAUACCUAGAUAUGCUCCAGGGAGCAUUUCGAAACCUUUCUGUUAAAGACAGAGUUCUGAGAGCACUUGUUAUUUCAGCACGUUUGACGCGAGUCCUCUACUUCUUGGUUGAUCAAAUUGUGUGGGCAACCAGGCUGGGGCUAUACAAAGCCAACUCCAAAGAAUGGUCGAAAUUCCAGGCCAAAAUCUGGACUGUCGCAUUAAUUUUCUGUGUGACUAGAAAUAUGUACGACAUUUACAACCUGCUAACGGCUACCGAGAAGAAAGACGAAGAUCCCGGCUCUCAAGCAGUUGGCUGGUACCAGAAGUUUAAAACACGGCCGGAGAUUUUGGUUGAUACAGUUAAAAAUUGCGCCGAUUUUCUGAUCCCCCUUAACAUUAUUGGUGUGAUUGAGAUUAAUAAUGGCAUUGUAGGCAUAUUGGGGCUUAUUUCAUCAUUAGCUGGUGCAUCUACUGUUUGGGAACCAACAUUGAAGCAGAAACCAUGAGAUGAUUAUGAAUUAUGUUUAGUUAGAAAAUGCUGUACAGCUAGUUGAAUAAUAAAGUCAAGAAUAUGAAGUUAGAAUUUUUUCGCAGGCCAACUUAAUUGAGGCUUUGAAAUGAUUGGACAAAAACUAAAGUGAUUCUCAAAGUUAAUAUAAUGAAAGUGUGGCAACAAUUUUGUAGCAAUUAGAAAAAAUCUUUAGGAGCAGUUAUAGUUGUAAUGCAAAUUAUUGUAAUUAAGGACGAUUAUAGGUUGCAA